GUGUGGUCGGCAGUAACAGGAUGUCGAUAACUGGAUCGCUAGUAGGGUACGAGAACGGUGGCGACAUUACGAUGGUGUCGUCGAAGAAGAAUCGAUCGCUGCUCAACAUUACCGCCACCUCGACCGCUUCGUCGAAGCAAUGCCAGAGCCUUAACUCGAGCAUCUCGCACAGCAGCGUCGUGCUGACGAGCAGUAACACCACGGCUACGGCGCAAUAUGUCGGAAACUCGGGGUCACUUCGACGACAAGUGACGGGCCUGGGUGAUCCCUGUCCAGGGAAGCAUAGGCGUCGCCGGCUGCACCUCAACACGCUCUGGUCCAUCUGGUACGGCAUACUGAUAACGUUGCUGCAGGGCUACCUGAUCGUCCAGGGUACACACCGGUACAUCGGACUGUCGGCGCUGAGUUGGAAGUACGACAAACCGACGACGGAGCUGGACAUACAGAUCGUGUUCUGUGGGCUAGUGGUGUUGUUCCUGCCGCUGCUACUCGCCUCCGCACUGUUCCGCGUUGGCAAUCUGGCCAAUGAUGGCAUGAAGCUGGCGUCCGGUACGAAACUGUGGCCGGGCGCAGGAUCCUCCACCGGACACGAUGGUCUCGAAGAGGAAGCCUUCGAGGGAACGCUUCGCUCGCUCUGGAUCCACGGUGGGCCCACGUCCGCCUUCAUACAUAUCAUCACUGCAAUCUGCCUGCUUUUGCCCCGACUCCUGUUGGAGGCGAAGGUAAUCGAAAAUGGACUCCUGCCGCGAGAAAAUGUAUGGCGUACGGAUCUCGACUUUAUGGUGACGCACAGUGACCGGUUGGUGGUGCUCUCCUUCAUGACAUCCUCACCGACCUACCCGAACGCCACCACAACCGCCCGUCCACCGCUGACCGAUCUCGAGCGGAAACUGUACCGGAACGGCUACUUCGAGCAGAGCGAUCUAGUGGAAAAGUUCUCCAACUACGACGGCGAUGAGGACGCUGAUGAUGACGAUGACGAUAGUCUGCGAGGACUCGACACAAGCGAUGAAGCCUUCCGGACACACGAAGCGCUCGAGAUGGGCCGUGGCAUACCGAUCGACAUUCCGACGAUGGAAAGCCCGAAUCCAACGGCCCGGCAAACGUUGCCCCCAAUAAGAAACCUCCUGACGACAACAACGACAACAACGACAACGACCACCACCAUGAUGCCACGACACCGAUCACUUCCGGCCACCGUAGCUUCAUCCACGAUAGCUUACGGAUCGUCCAGUGGCGAGGGUAUCUCGACCAUGGCUGGUGGAAGUAGCCGUGAAAAUCGCCGAAAGCCAAGCAACCGGAAGAAGACCAAGGGACAUAGCCAUGGCCAUGGUCAGCACCAUCACGGACACCACGGGCAUCACGCCCAGGAGCACCCGCGCCAACGCUAUGGUGAAGAUAUCGACGCACGGCUCGAGCUGGAAGAGCAACGUGAACUGGACUGGUCACUAUUGAACCAACCGGACAGUGCCCCAACAAUCAUCGAAUCACCGGCGGUCAGUUCGGCGUCAUCGAGCGGAAAGAAAUCUCCCUCGAAGAGCAAACCGACGAUGGCCAGCGCACCGGCCACCGGUACACCGAAGGCUGCCACUCCAAAGCGUCCAACGACAACAACGACGACGACAACGACGGCGGCCGGACCAGCGGCGACCGAGACAGGGCGCACGCAGGGUGGAAAGCCUCUCGGUACCACCACCACCAAGGACAGUGACAUCCACGUGCUGAAACCGGUCAAUCUGCCAGAGAACAAUAUCCCCUCGACGCCCGUCACGACGGAUUCGAAGAUUAUCGAGAUCAAACCGAGUAGCACCGGGAGUAGCAUGGCGAUCGGGAGUUCCUCCUCCGGCCGGAAAAGCAAACGAUCGGAUCCCACCGGACCGGAAAGCUUUAGCAGUGAAAGUCUGGAAAGCAUCGAAAGCAUUCCGAGCGUGGAUGAGGAUGAGUUCAUUAUUAAGGACGAGCACGGGAUGGAGAUUAAACCGGCCUUCCUGAUCGGUACCGCUCCGGGCAAUCUCACAUUCCGACCGAACGAGCUGACCGGUUUUCCGGCCUUGCUGGCCGCACUGUUUGGUAGACCGAGCGAUCGUCACUUUACGGCCAGCUCCGUUUGGGCUACGGUACCGAGUAUGGAGUUUGUGAAUCUCGCGAUCGCCCUGACCGUCUGGGCUGUGCGCUAUCCGUCCGUGUUCUGGCAUACCUCGAAAUCGUUUGCUUGCCUCUUUAGUCUACAGAUGAUCGCAAACGGAGCGGACAUUCUGUUGAGCUUUGCCGGAGCGAGCGUCCUGUACAAGCUGCAAACGCUCGGUCAAGCGUUGCCACUGCAGGCACCGGCACUGAUCCUGAACGGUACGGUGACGAUCGCGCUGACCAUGCUGGCACUUAUCCUUACGAUCGCUUCCUCGAUGGUGCUGUAUCUGUACGGGCACGGUAAGCUGACGGCCAGGGUACGCGAUCGGCGUAUCAUUACGGCCAAGAACAGUGCCGACGUGUGGGCAUACUU